AGUGCCAAAGGAGUGACUAGCCAAAACAACUCCCAUAAUAUUGAUUGCGACCUUCUUCCGCAUCGACAGCGAAGGGAGUUUUCUGUUCGCUUUUUGUUUCUCUCUUCUCUUCUGAACUUUCCAUGAAGGCGGAGUCUGGCGUCCGGCAGCCGGGUGAGCCGGGCUACGUCAAGAGGAUGACGCACAUCAUUCUCAGCCUCGUUGUCCUCGUCGUCAUGCCAUUGUACGUCUACCGUGAAGUCACGCUCCUUCGCACGCUCGCGACGGCUCCCGUUUCACGCGUGAUCUUGUUUGGCGCGCCGCUUGACCCUCGCAAGCUUGCACAGCGCCUCAACCCGCACGGUGAGCCCAUUUAUAUGUCGAACGUGGUCGCAGCAACCAACGGCAGCUGUGACGCCGCUGCCGCCGUGCCGGAGAUCCCAAAAGGGCAAAUUACGGCGGUGACUUUUAACGUGGAUGACACGGAGCGGCACGGCGUGGUGUACAUCCCCAACAGCUACCCGUCGGUCACCACCGCCACCACCACGCGCGCGGCCUCGCCGGCGCCGAUGUUGGUGCUCUUCCACGGCCUCAACGACAACUGCGAGCACUUCUUAAAUGCCACCGGCUUUAUCCCGUACGCGGAGCAGCACAGCUUCGUGCUGGUCAGUGCCUGCGGGUCGCAGGGAUACCUGGGGACGGCGUGGAACUCCGGUACGUGCUGCGGCUUCUCCGGUGACAAGCCGAACGACGUCGCCUUCGCGCAGAAAAUCGUAAAGGACAUGUCCGAGACGGUCUGCGUCGAUGAGCGCAAGGUGAUGGCGGUGGGCUUCAGCAACGGCGCCAUGCUGAGCGAGGUACUCGCCUGCGAGGCCCCUGACGUGUUCCAGGCCACCGUCUCCAUCGGCGGAGUGGUGGAGUUGCGCCCCGGCAACGCCGAGGGCCUAGCGCGUUGCACCGAGAAAGUGCGGGCCAAGCAGCAUCGCGCGAGUGUGCUGAUGGUGCACGGGACGUCCGAUGCGAUGGUGCCAUGGGGCGGCAAUCGUUUUCUUGGCUUUCCGUCGAUCGACGCAAACCUGGCGGCGUGGGUGGAGCGGAACGACUGCGCGGCGGACAAGAAAAACUCCACAAUUCACACCAAGACGUACACGAACACCAUCUACGACCACUGCGGUGCUGCCACUGCGAAUGUGGCGACGGACGAUGCCGCGGUGAAGAUUGCGUUGAGACAUGAAAACCGCAUGCAUUUGCCGGCGGAGCGCACUGCUCGGGAAGCCUUUGAAACCCCGGCCCCGAGGAGCGGGUCACCGUCGCUGCGCGUGCAGGUCGAGCCUCUGGGCGUGCACAGGAAGCACGGGAAGCGCGUUGACCGAGACGAUGAGGACCAUGAUGAGGAGCGUGAGGAUAGAGAAGGCAGAAUGGAGAAACAUCACCACCCCAAAAUGGAAAAGCGGACGAAAGGCAGGCGCGGUCCUCACCGUCGUCUUCCAGAGGACAGGCCACAUCGGGGUGGCGGCAGGCACCCGCGCCAUCCUACUCCAUGUGUUUUGCCCCCGGUGGGGGAGAAGCAGGCGAAGGUCGACGCGGAUUCCGCGAUAAGCCAGAUCGAACUGGUGAAGGUAGAGGGUGGUGCACAUAGCUGGCCCGAGGACAAAGAGUUCUCGACGACGGAGUACAUCAUCCAGUUUGGUGCUCGUGUCUUCGGUGGCUACCCGAAGUAG